AUGUGCAAUUGUAGCAAAUUAACGUAUUGCCUUGGUAAUCUUGCUUAUAUAUUUGAAAGGUUAGCGUCAUGUUGUGCCUUGACGUCUGUUAUAACGUGCAUCGUUUUGACGAUCCUUAUAAUGCUGGCUCUCGGCAUCGGACUCGGAUACAACUACUGCUAUAUUCAUAUGAAUACUGAAGAUAUAGCCGAUGAAUAUUUAUUAGAAAAACCAGUUUCUGGGCACGCAACGACAAGUGCAGGUGGCCUCAUUGUUGUACAGCCGUCAGUCACUCCUCUGCCAAUAAAGAUCGACUCUACUAUGAUUGCGCCUCUCAAUAUUGGCAUCGACUUCACGUAUCUCAUACAGAAGAUUAGGGAAAGCAAACAGAAUACCACAUUACACCUGAUAGUUUAGCGAAUGAUAUUUCAAAGAAGAUAUUAGAAUAAUGACUUAUGUUCGCCCAUGAAUAUAUUGGGUUUGGUACGGAUAUUUUCUAUUACUGGAUGGAUGAGGGAUAAUGGACUAUUGCGUAUCUAAUAAAAUGUUAGAUCACUCAAAUGAUAAGGUCUGCUUUUUUCCUCGGAAUAAUCUUCGAAUCUUUAUAUAAACGACAAGAUCGGUUCGGAAAUAGUGCAUAUUGUUAGCGAGUUUGUGUAAUAUCACUCCAUUGACAAGAGCUAAUAAUGAUCAUAUGCUUUUUGUUAUGUGUUAACCUUGUGACGUAUGCACAAUUGUACACUGAAUCUAAUAAGUAGAUCAUAGUCUGACUGAUAAACUCACGAACAAAGAGACAAAUUAUAAAGUAUAUUUUAGAACACUAUUAUAUUUGAACUCUAAUAUAAGGAUGAGUUCCUGUUAUAAUAGAUUCAUUACAAUGUGAACCUAAGAAUAUUUGCCAUAAGCUCAGUUGUUACUUAGCUGUGUGCCUUACAUGCUAUACUGAUAAUUUUGUUGGUAUUUGAGGUAGUGUUCUUUAUAUGCACUUGAAGAUACUUCAGCCGUGUAUACAAGAUUAAUUAAUGAAUUUAUUUACUACCGCA